CUACAUACCAACAUGGAUGGGCUUCAAUGGUAUCCCUGCGAGACGUGCGACGAGACAUUCCCCAGCAUAUCUCUUGUUGAAAGCCAUAUGCAUGAAAUGAAGCAUUACCGCACCCGUUGUGAGCGCUGUUACCAACGACUCAAAACCGUUGAUGCCUUGGUCAAUCACCUGUCCUCCGGGAUUCAUCGAGAAUCCGACAUCCUAUGCCCGUUCUGCGGUAGCCUUUUCCACAAAGCGAGUACCCUGAUCUCCCACUUUGAGGAAGCAAAGUGUACCCAUGCCCCAGGCCUGAACCACCACAGCGUUCUCUGGCUGGUCCGAAACUGCGAUACUGCUGGAGUCGUGACCAACCCCCAGGCAAAAUGGCUUCAUACUGGUUACCUUAUCGCUGGACUCCAAGAUCCUCCUGCUGAACAUAAAUGCUUCACCUGUCAUCGAAGCUUCCGCUCGCACCAAGAGCUUGAAACGCACCUCGAGUCCCCUUUGGCCAAUCCCGCAGGGAAUGGCCCUAGAUUUUACCGUUGUCCUGACAAAACUGGCAAGUGUGAGAAGGGGUUUGUCUGCUUGGCUGCUCUUAUCAGACACCUAGAGGCUCAAGCUUGCGGGACAAUGUCUUUUGAUGGAGUGCAGUCUAUGUUUCAGAAGAUGACCGAGAGAAGUUGGGGACAGGGAAUAGGGGCGCCCAAAAGACUCUACUUGUCAUAG